AUGGCUGCAGAACAGAGAAAGCUGCUCGAGCAGCUUAUGGGCGGCUCUGCCAGUACCCGCGCCGCCUCGCUUUCCAUGACCGACCCCAAAGUCUGCAGAUCCUUCCUCGUCGGCACAUGUCCUCACGAUCUCUUCACAAAUACCAAGCAGGACCUGGGACCCUGCCCGAAACAGCACUCCGAGGCGCUCAAGGCUGAGUACGAGGGGCUGUCGGAGAAGGACAAGCAAAAGUAUGGAUUCGAGUACGAUUACAUGCGAGAUCUCCAAAAGUACAUCGACGACUGCAACAGGAGGAUAGACUCGGCGCAACGCCGACUCGAAAAGACGCCCGAUGAGAUCCGUCAAACAAACGCUCUGUUGAAAAGCAUAUCAGAACUCUCCUCCACCAUCCACAACGGCACCCUCGAAGUCGAAAUCCUAGGCGAGAUGGGCGAAGUGUCUCGCGCCAUCGAUGAGUUUUACCGCGUGCGACAAGCGCAGCAGACGAAAAUCGACCGCGAGAAGGAGCUCAAGGCUCUCUCCGACACUUCGGGCCCGUCCGGCCACCAGAAGCUCCAGGUCUGCGACGUCUGUGGCGCCUACCUGAGCAGACUAGACAACGACCGCCGUCUAGCGGACCACUUUUACGGAAAGAUGCACUUGGGCUACGCGCAAAUGCGCAAGACAUUUGACGCAUUCCCGAAGGAGAUGCGCCAUCGCCAGCGGGCGCCGAUCGAGGACGACAAUAUGGGGCCUGGUGGUCCCAGAGGACCCAGAAGUGGCGGUGGUUAUCGCGGUCGCGGAGGCAGAGGAUACCGUGGCGGAUGGUAA